AUGCAGUAUUGCAAUGGGAUCUCAUCCAAUGACUUGUCUAACUACUCUGCUCAAUCUAUUCGUGGCCGUGACGCCAGCAUUUAUGUCUCCAGCUUCGGUGGUUGUCCUCCGAGGGCAGAACUCCUUGCGAUUGCGAAGGCCAAAGGCAAUGAGAGCCAAAUGGCACAGCUGACCUCAGCCAAACUGGAUGAGCGCCUGGCUGGAUUCCCUCGGUUCUGGACAGAGCCAAAUGUACCUGGUCAACGAUUGCGCAUGGACACUGCACUGGCUUCUCUUGAAGUCGCGGCACAAUGUGGCUGUGAAGAGUUAUUUGACAUCCUGCACACUGCGGGUACUGCCUCAGGAACACCACCACCAUGA